UUUUACAUUCAGUCGGAUACAUUAAUUGGCCCGGUGCAGAUCGGCCGAUCGUCGUCCCCCGGUUUUUUUUCCCAUUUAGUAGCAGAGCAGCAUCACCGCAUCCGCCUCACAAAAUUCUUCCUUCCCAAAAGGGCGACUAAAGCGACAAAAAAAAAACGUUUGUGUGACAUUCGGUUGUAUUGUGUGUGUAGUAGUAUACCUUGAAGUGAAGUUUGUUGCGGGGUUUUUGCGGUAAACCCAGCAGAGAGCAUCGAUCAAGCGGAAGGACAGACAAUGCGACAGCUAUUGCUGAUCUGUGCGCUGGCCUGUGCCGUCGGCGGUGUGCUAAGUGCUUCGUUGACGCGCGUCGGCCGCGAGAAUGAGCAGGCGGCCGAGCAGGUCGCAGUGGUCCCGCAGGCCGAGGACGUGAAGGUGGCCGAGCCGGCCGAGCUGAAGCGGGCGGAGAUUCCGGUCGCAGUUGAGGAGGAAGCCGCCGCCGCUCCGGUAGAGAAGACGGUCGAGCCGGUCGAGUCCGAGCGGCUGGCCGAACCGGUGGCCGACGUGGCCGAACCGGUGGCCGUUGUUGCCGAUGCCGUCGCUGAUGCUGCCGUCCCGGAGGCUGCGGUCGUGCAGGCCGUCGAGGAGGCCGUGGUGGCCGCCGAACAGCAGCAGGCAAAGCUCGCCGUCGAGGAGGCCGCUCCGGCGGUCGCCGAGCAGGAACCGGCGGCCGUGGAGUCGCUGCGCACCGUUGAAACCGUGCCGGAGGUGGCCGAGCCCGUCGUUGCGGUGGUGGAGAACGCUGCCGCACCGGUCGAGGAGUCGGUGCAGGUCGUCGAGCCGGUUGAGUCGCUGCGCAGUGUCGCUCCGGUGGCGGAGGUGGCCGAGCCCGUCGCGGUCGUUGUCGCUGAGGAGGAGAAGAAGCCCGAGGUGGAGGUCCCCGCUGUGCCCGCCGUCAAGACCGUUGCUGAGGUGAUCCUGGACAAGGCCGAGGAGAAGGUGGUUGCCGUUGAGGAGCCAGCGGCGGUGAAGGAAACGGAAGUGGCCCCGGUUGAGUCGCUCAAGUCGGUCGAGCCGGUGGUUGAGGUGGCCGAGCCGGUCGCUGUGGUGGUCCCGAUCGCUGAGGUGGCCGAGAAGCAGGUGGCCGUGGAACAGGUGGUGCCGCAGCUCAAGUCCGUCCUGCCCGUCGUUGCGGUCGAAGAGUCGGUUAAGGUCGUCCCGGAGGUCGUCGUCGCUGAGGAGAAGCCGGCAGUGGCCGCCGUCGAGCAGGAAGUGGCCCCGGUCGAGUCGCUGCGCACCGUUGCCGUUCCGGAGGUUGCCGAGGCGGUCGAGAAGGUCGUCCCCGAGGUUGUUGCUGUGGUCGAGCCGGUGGAGGAGAAGGUUGUCGCUCCGGUUGAGUCGCUCCGUUCGGUCGCCCCGGUCGUCCCGGUGGAAGAGCCCGCCGCUGUCGAUGUGGUUGCCGUUGCCGCCGAGGAAAAGGUUGUGGAAGCCGUCGAGGAGAAGGUCGUCGCUCCGGUUGAGUCGCUCCGCCAGGCUGCCCCCGUUGAGACUGUAAACGAGCCGGUCGCGGUCGUGGUGGAGGAGGCCAAGAAGGAGCAGGUUGCUGCCGUCGCCGAGCCGGAAGCCGCCGUUGCGCCCGCCGUCAAGGCCGUCGUCGUGCCGGAAGUGGUGGAGAACGUGGAGAAGCAGGAAGCUCCGGUUGCGGUGGAGGAGCCGGCCGGCGUCGUCAAGUCCGUCCCGAUCGCUGAGGAUCUCGUGCCGGUGAAGGAGGUGGAGGCGGAGCCGCACCAGGCGCUGCGCGGUAACGAGGUGCGCCAGGAGACCGGCGGCAGCUCGACCACCCGCCCCAACCUGCUGCAGCAGAUCAUCCAGCCGGUGCAGGGCUUCAUCCAGGCGACCCCGCUCGGCCAGGUGCUGAACCGCCCGUCCAACACGCCCGCCGCUGCCCCUGCCGCCGAGAACGGUGCCGAGGUGGCCCAGGAUGAGUCGGCCCCGGCCCCCACGACUGGCGCUCCCAAUCUGGUCCAGCAGCUCGCCCAGAACGUGCAGAACUUCUUCAACCCGAACGCGGCCAACGCCAACGCGGAGGCGGAGUCGACCACCCGUCCCAACAUCAUCCAGCAGGUGCAGAACGCGGUCGGCUCGGUGUUCAACCGACCGGCGACCAACUCGGAGCAGCAGCAGCAGCAGCCGAACCCGAUCCAGAACAUCGUGCAGGGCGUGCAGAACUUCUUCCGACCAAGCACGGCUGCCCCGGCCACCCAGUCCGAGGGUACGGCCAACGCACCCGCCGAUACGCCCCAGGACACGCCAGCCGCUUAAGCCACAAACACAACACAACACUCACGCACACACACAAAAGCCAUAUACAGACACGCAAAAAACGCUAGAGGGAGAGGGAGGGAGAGAUGCACAGUGCACAAGUGGGCGCGUCAAGUGUUGAUUCCUUUCUUUUUCUAAGGAAUGUAACUACUUGCAUUGCACCCCGUCCCCUGAGUAGGGGUUCGUCGCUUCCCUUUUUAAGACUUUUCUUUUUUUCCAUUUUAAAAUGCAACAAAACAGCAUAAGAACGCCGUUCGAAGAAAACUGCAAAAAACGCCAUCCGCGGCCAAACCGGCAGGGUGCGGACCGACACAGACAGCAAGGCGCGAUGUAAGAGAGAGAGAGAGAGAGAGAGUGAGAGUGGGCGAGAAGGGGGUGAGAGACACAUUUCCUAACUUAUUUAUUUAAACGCACACGCACCGUCGGCAGUCGGUCCCGACACGGCGGCCAGGGGGUGGAUCCCCGGUUGGGCGGCAGUUUUUCUUUCGGUUUUUUAUUUUUAUUUUUCUUAAUUUAUUGCAUUGUGAUUCUGUGAGCGGUAGAAGGAAAAAGGGGAGAUAAGAAGCAACAGGUUAAAACAAACAAAAAAAAAAACACACAGAAGAAACAGAACGAGCGAAAAACACGAUCAUGUCGGCAGGAUCAUGGGCUCUGCGAAAGAGGAAUGGCAAAGAGAAGAAGGCGUAGAAUGGCGACCGGAUUGUUUCAGGGCAUGCUAAGAUUGCAUAACACAGCAGGAGAUAGCAUAGAGAGAGAGAUAGCAAGAGAGGGGUUGCCACGAUGCGCGUUGCAACAAUGUGCACGCGCACAGGCAGGAACACCGUCCACACAACUGUGGAUGGUUGACGGCAAACAAAAAAAUAUGUAAGCACAAAAAAAGUAAUAAAAUGUAUAAAAAUUUGUAAAAAAAA